UCAUUAGGAGAUGGAGGAAGGAUGUGAAAAGAUGCCACACAAGGGUUAGGAUAAGUUACAGUAAUUGGGUUGCUACACCUGAAGCACAGAGAUCUGACAAGAUGCAGAAAACCUUUGACGACAUUAAGGAAUUAGCCAAUGAUUCUGAUGAUAAGUGUAUGUUUGUGGUGAGAUGGAUGCAUAAACUAAAGGAGCAACUAUGUAAACAUGAUGGAGCGGCUAGUAGCACUCAACCAACACCACAGUCACCUGAUGAUACGAACUUUGAUCCUCUUCCUAACCCAAAUCAGCGUAUACUUACGCCAUUGUUAGCUAGAGGUAAAGGUCGUCCACCAUCAAAAAGGAAACAAUCCAAGAUUGAGCAAGUAAUCAAAAGAAGACAAAAAAGACGGAAAAAGAUUACGUCUUGUAAGGACAAUACAGAUGAGGAAGAAACACAGAAAUCCAUGGAAAGUGAUGCAAUAUGCCAUAUUGAUGGUCCACCUCCUUGUAGAAGUGAUAACAUAAUUGCAACGCAAGAGAGUAAUGUUGUUGUGGAGCGUUCUCAUCUUACACAAGGAGUUCAAAUUUGCAUGCCUGCCAACCAAUAUCCUAUUUUUCCCCAUACUAAUGAAAACAUGGCUUUGUUAUUGGGACUCAGUCGAGGUAGUCAUCCAAACCCAUUUUACAAAGAGUCUAAGAUUGGAAAUAUAAGUUAUCCUACUAUUCAUGGAAAUUAUGUCCAGGGUCAACAAUAUCCAUACUGGAAUGGAGGUUAUAGUAUGUACAAUAUGCAGAGCUCUACUUCAAGAGGAAAUGAUGACCAAGAGCUUAACUAAGCAAUGGAAGCAACAAUGAAAGCAAUUUCUUUAUGCAGUUUGAGUUUUUGUGGUUUUGGAUCCUAUUUCUUCUAAACAUAGACUUCAAUGCAUUUCAAAUAUUUUGUAACAGUAGCCAGUAUGCAGACGUGUUGCUCUUCUAAUUCUUGUUGUACUAAAAGUGGAGUUCAAUCAAA